AUGCUUCAGAUAAUUGCUCUGGCUGUGGCCAUGUCAUUUGCGAUUACCAGCGCUGCGGGCCUUGCGCGACUUCCACCUGUGUCGCGACGCGCCUCCUCUAGUGGACUCUUCCUGUUUGCUCUCGCCGCAUCUCCAUUGGCAGCGCCUGCCUCGUCUAGUCGAACAAGCGGCCUUCAUUCGCAGCGCAUGCCUUCCAACUUCGCACAACCAACCUGCCCGCUGAACAGAGAUACCUCUCCGGCCACUGUCGGCUUACGCUCCUUUCAUUCGACUUCACACAACUGGCGGAGUACGCCGCAAUAUACAUACCAUGUUGCGGCAUCCUACUCAGCCAAGCAGGAUCGCUUCAAUGCGGAGCAGAAUCUGUUUACACGACCGCUGCAUGACCCCAGCAGUAGCAAGGUUGAGGACCUGCGCGAAUGCAAGGAGGCCAUAGACAAGCGGAAACGAGCGAAAAGUGGCCAGGAUGCUUUCUUUUUCAGCCAGGUGGGAAACACAAACACCACAACAUUUGGUGUUGCAGAUGGAGUAGGAGGAUGGGUCGAGUCUGGAUUGGACCCCGCCGACUUCUCUCAUGGAUUGUGCGAGUACAUGGCUUGCGCCGCGCGCUCAUGGCCGCACGGAUUCAACACGACAGCAUUACAUCCGAAAGACCUGCUCCAGGUCGCGUACGACGAGGUCACGGAUGAUGACACCAUUGAGGGUGGUGGUAGCACGGCAUGCCUGGCUGUUGCCGAACCGGAUGGCAAUGUCGAGGUAGCCAACCUGGGAGAUUCAGGAUUCAUGCAUCUAGGACUCAAUGCCGUACGACAUUUCACGCAGCCUCAGACGCACGCCUUCAAUACCCCGUAUCAGCUUUCCAAAACUCCCCAGCGCAUGCUCGUGCAAAUGGCCGUAUUCGGAGGCCCAUCCACACUCUCGGAUCUACCAAAGGAGUCAAGUAUAACGCACCACAAAGUACGCCAUGGCGACGUUCUCCUCUUUGCAACCGAUGGUGUGUGGGACAACCUGAGCCCACAGGAUGCGCUCGGUAUUGUCAGUCGUCACAUGGUCGACCUGGGAGCUUGGGUCGAGAAAGAUGGCACUAUUGAGGUUGGACAGGAUCUAGCGAAGCUGGUACAAGCCGACUCAGCUCGUAAAGCUGAUAGCUCCUCCCUCCAAGCCAAGGUGGCUGUUGCGAUAGCGAAGGAGGCAAAGGUGACGGGGCUUAACACUCGUCGGGAUGGCCCCUUCGCCAAAGAAGUGCAACGAUACUACCCUGGGGAGAAUUGGCACGGUGGCAAACCGGACGACAUUGCUGCCGUGGUAGCUGUCGUGCUUGAGGAUGCACCGCAGCGCGCAAAGCUGUGA